AUGGGGAGAGGGGGCCGGCAGCAUGAGAUUCUCAAAAGUCCGAAUGAAACUGAUGGUAGCAUCAUUAGUCCAUCUAGCUUUAAUAAUAUUGUUGGUCUAAAAUCACGCUCCGGUGUUAUCCCAAUUUCACAUAAUCAAGAUUCGGUUGGCGCAAUGGCAAGAACAGUUAUAGAUGCAGCUAUUUUACUUGAAGUAAUUCAGGGCGUAGAUCCACAUGAUCCAGCAACAUUAGAUGAUAAUGCCGUUCGUCAUCAUAACUAUAGACAAUUUUGCCGUGGUAUCAAUGGAUUUCGUGGUUUAAGUUUAGGUGUUGUGCGGAACUUAAACUAUACUGCUAUACCUCAGGAUCAAUUACGAACAUUCAAUAAAGCGAUUAAUUUAAUAGCAAAACUAGGUGCUAAAAUAAAAGAUCCAAUAAAUUUUGAGACAGCAGAUUAUUUCGUAUCUGGUACAACCGAAUUGUUAAUACUGGAAAUAGAUUUUAAGCGUGGCACUGAAUUAUAUUUAAAAACAUUACAAAAUACAAAUAUGAAAACAUUGAAAGAUUUAAUUGAAUUUAAUAAUCAAAAUUCAGAUAAAGAAUUUUCACAAUAA